AUGUCUUAUGAAGUUUUGAUGUGUGCUGCGUGGGAUGGACGUUGGGGGAGAUUUUUCACAUUUUUGUUUAAAUUUGGUGUAAGAAUGCUCAUUAAUAUCACUAAAAAAGCAUGUCGUAUUCGUGCAGAAAUUCAAGGUUUUUGUGAAUGCCUGGAGAGGAUGUACGAUGCAGAUAAUCUCCCGCUACUAUGGCUGAGAGGUUGGUUAGGCACCAUCAUUUACGCCACUCUCUCCAAUUCAUUCCUGUUCCUAUCGUUUGUUGUUUCACCAUAUUAUGAGGUCGGUUUCUCUGAAAAGAAAGCAUUGUCCGAUGCUUCAAUGGCUUCAUCUCUACAUCUUUAUCUGCAUCGUAAUUGCUUUCACAAUGGUCUCCAACUGCGACCUAGCACACUACCAGAUUUGAGUUUGUUAGCUCGUAAAGGUAACUGGAAAUGUAAUUUACUUGCAUGA